AUGGAAACGUCGCCGCAGCUCCGUCUUAUCAUCGCCGUAAUUAUUUCUUCUCUCAUCGCAUUCCGAUCGUACAAACGGAAGUCGCUCGAUCUCUCCGGCGGACUUGCUGGAUUUCUCGUUAUGACCAUCCAUUUAACCGCCGGUUUCAGGUUCGGAGCUCUACUUCUCGUAUUCUUUUUUACUUCAUCGAAGCUUACUAAGGUUGGUGAAGAGAAAAAACGACGCGUUGAUGCUGAUUUCAAAGAAGGUGGACAAAGAAACUGGAUACAAGUGCUGUGCAAUAGUGGAAUUGCAUCAGUUCUAGUUGUAUUUGCUUCUACUUUAACGGGUUGGCAGGACAAGUGUUUGGACUCGAAAGAGUCCCGAAUUGUAACAGCUCUUAUCGGUGGGAUCAUCGGUCAUUACGCUUGCUGUAAUGGAGACACUUGGUCCUCAGAGCUUGGGGUUCUUAGUGAUUCCCAGCCUCGACUAAUCACAACGCUAAAGCCGGUGAAGAAGGGCACAAAUGGUGGAGUUACAAAGGCAGGACUCUUAGCUGCGUUAGCAGCCGGCGCCACGGUUGGACUGACAUUCGUUAUGUUUGGACUCUUUACUGCAAGAUGUGCAAGUGAUGUAGCUCUCAAGCAACUCUUAGUCAUUCCAGUCUCUGCAUUAGCUGGAUUAUGUGGGAGUCUUAUUGAUUCUGUACUAGGAGCAACCAUCCAAUUCAGUGGUUUCUGUUCUGUCCGGAACAAGGUUGUAGGGAAACCUGGACCGACGGUUAAGAAGAUUUCAGGUGUGGACAUUCUUGACAACAAUGGUGUGAACUUUGUCUCCAUACUCUUGACAUCUUUUCUGACUUCCAUUGUUACUAUGACUCGUAUUAAAGAUUUAGCCGAAUCUAAACCGUCUAAGCUCCUCCGUUCGACUACAUAA